GAAUCAAUCAAAUACGACACUAUAUUUUCUCAUAAGGUCCACGUACAACAGCAACCUUCCUUGGGGUGAGGAAUUCAAAUGUGUCAACGUUCGAGCUGUCAGUGUGAAUUAUACAAUGAUGACCGUGGAAUCGGAGUUUAAAUUCAAGAAUAAAAGCGGGGAAGAUAUAUAUAAUAUUACGGAUACGGUCAAAACUGUGAGCACUUAUGGUUACCAGACAGCGAACGGCAUUCAGUACACUCUGCCUAAUGGAACGACCCUCAAUGACACGGUCAUUUUCACGGACGCCAAAACUUGCGACCUUCUCAGCGUUCCCUAUGAGAACAACGGAUAUGGGUGUGAAUUGUGGGUCAACGAGCGAUAUCUUGACGACAUUCCUGCCUGCUGCUACUAUUUCUUUGAUCUGUUUUGCGCUAGUGCUGGGAACUACACUGUUUAUGACAAGGACAAAUGCGCGAAGAUGCGUUCAACCCCAGAAGCUUGCUGAUAAGCGUACUUCUUCGUAUUUUUGGAAUUGUAAACUGCGUGCCAUAGACCUACUCGAAUAACAUCGUUUGUCAAUAAACUAUGUCAUGUUUGAAUAUAGCUUGUUUCGAGAUUUUCUUUCUCUACACUGAAAUAAAUGCCUUCUAC